CUACCUGUAUGGGCAUCAUUUGAAUGAAUAGAAUAAUUCAAACAUUUCUUUUUACAUUUUGAUGAUUUUUUUCAAAAUUGGUGAAUUUGGAGUUUUGCGAAGCACGUGGCUCCUUCAAUGGAUAAAAUAGGCAAGCCAACCAUACCAUCUGUUGUUACUUAGUCCUAGGGGUUGUUAGUGGUAAGAAAUGAUAACAGAAGCCGAUUUGCGUUUAGCUAUUCUAUUCUGUCAUCUAUCAGUAUCAAAAAAUCUAACAUCAUGGAUUAUAUUUACAAAUAUGAAGAUUCAAUGCGUCAGUGUGAAACUUUAUUUACAGAAAAUAUCCUUAAACUCUGCAACUAUUCCAUGUGUCUACUGUCAUCCUCGAAUUCUUCAUCCGAGUCCACUGAACGAGUUAAGGAAUACAACAUUUUGAAGAAGAAACUCGACACAGCUCAAGAAAAUGUUACUACGUUAAAAUCAGAGUAUAAUGAUUUAACUCUACACUGUUCAAAGUCUACCUCAUCUGGAAUUAAUUUUAAAGAAAAGGUUUUCAAUUACUUAGCUCGCCAAGAGACGUUAAGGUUGAAAUUCAUCGAAACAAUCAGCGAGUGUAAACACAUAAAUUCGCGUUUGGAUGAUAUCCUACACGACUGUUCUGAUGAAGCAUUGAAUAAAACUUCUAAUAAAAAGACAUCAAAACGUGGUCGUUCGAAUAGAGCUGAUGGAUUCGAUUUGUCUUCAAUUCCCAAAAUAUGUAUCUUACUGCCGAAACUCGAUUGGGACUAUGGCGAACCUCUUACUUGGGAUGGUCUCCAUCUUGAGUCUGAUUCGUUUUCAAAGGAGCAUGCUGAAGAGUUGUGUGCAUCUGCUGCUGCUCCUGCUUUCAAAUCGCUGGAAGUUUCAUCUUCAGAUUUGAAUGGCGAUGUAGCAGUGAAGAAAUGCAGCUCAUCCUCAACGAGCGUUUUAGAAUCCAAGAAAUUGAAAAAUCCAGGAUCUUCGAAACGAAAUGAAGCAUCUGCUCCUAAUCCCAACCAGUCGUUGGUCUGCAACAUUUGUCAUCGAAAUAUCUGUAAUAAAAAGCAGAUGAGAAGACACAUGUUUUUGCAUGAAAGUUUCAAACCAUUCGAAUGUGCCGGCUGCGGUAAAUCGUUCGCUAAAAAGCAAAAUAUGAAGUCACAUAUAUUUUCAAUGCAUAUGCCCUAUCAAAGCAGACCUCAUAAAUGCGAUUCUUGCAACGAAUUUUAUUCAUAUCGGAACAAUAUGAAUAAUCACAGAUGCUCAACAACCCUAAGCAAUCAUUCCACACACGUUUCAGAUGGUCGCCAAUCUCUAGUUUGCAACAUUUGCCAUAAACAUUUCAGUCACCAACAAAGCCUUAAAAGACAUAUGUUAAUUCAUGAAGGUCUGAAACCAUUUAAAUGUGCUGAAUGCGAUAAAUCAUUCAGAACAAAAGCUAAUAUGAAUCAACACACUCGUAUAUGUCACACUACCUAUCACACUCGACCACAUAAGUGCGACAUUUGUGACAAACGUUAUGCAGCUGAGUGGGAACUAAAUGCUCACAAACGCCUUGCUGGACAUUAUUGCUCUUCAAAAUUAUCCAAAACGUCUGCAGAUGUAGAUGAUGGAUUAACUGUUAAAGAACGUGACUCAACUGCUGUUUUGAAUGCCAAGAAAGUUAGAAAAUUGGUGUCAUCUAAAGGAAAGAAAAACUCGAGUAAGCUACAAAAUUCGAGCCAGUUCUUCGUUUGUAACGUUUGUCAUCGAAAUUUCAGCAGGCGGUAUGAUCUGGAAAGACACUUGAUUUCCCAUGAAGCCUUGAAACCAUUUAAAUGCGCCGAAUGUGAUAAAUCCUUUGCAAGAAAAGAUGUGAUGAGAAAUCAUAUAAUUCUGAUGCACAUCAAUGAUCCGGGGUCUCUUGACUCUCAUUAUUGUUGCGCGCAUUGCCAGUAUCGAUGCCGAUUCAAAGAAAUGUUAGUUUAUCAUAUUAAGAAAAACCAUCUAUCAAAUUUAGUGAUUGAUGAAUUUAGCUGCACCGUAUGUGGCAAAACAUUUUCCACCCGUUCGAGUAGAAAAUUUCACGAGCGAACAGUUCAUGUUCAAAAAAAAAAAUUCCUAUUGUACGACUUGCGGUUAAAAUCGAUAGACACUUUUAGCUAUUCGGUUCUGUCAUCUAUCAGUAUCAAAAAAUACAACAUGAUGAAUAAUAUUUACAAAUAUGAAGACUCAAUGCGUCAGUGUGAAACUUUAUUUACAGAAAAUAUCCGGAAACUCUCCAAUUAUUCUUCGAUUUCAUCAUCCCAGUCCACUGAACGAGUUAAGGAAUACGAAAUUUUGAAGAAGAAACUCGACACAGCUAAAGAAAAUAUUGCUAUGUUAAAAUCAGAGUAUAAUGAUUUAACUCUACACUGUACAAAGUCUACCGCAUCUGGAAUUAGCUACUUAGCUCGCCAAGAGACAUUAAGAUCGAAAUUCAUCGAAACUAUCAACGAGUGCAAACAUAUAAAUUCGCGUUUGGAUGAUAUUCUACAAUACGACUGUUCAAAUGAAGCAUUGAACGAGAGUUCUAAUCAAAAUACAUCAAAACGUGGUCGUUUGAAUACAGCUGAUGGAUUCGGUUUGUCUCCAAUUCCAAUAGUGUGUAUUUUAUUGCCAGAAGUCGGUUGGGAGUAUGGUGAUUCUCUCACUUCGGAUAGUCACAAUCUUGAGUCUAAUUCGUUUUCGAACGAGCACGCUGAAAAAUUGUGUACAUCUAUUGCUGCUUCUGUUUCCGAAUCGCUGGAAGUUUCAUUUUCAGAUUUGAAUAGCGAUGUAUGCAACUCAACGACCGUUUUGGAAACCAAGAAAUUGAAAAAUAAGGCCUCUUGGAAACGAAAUGAAGCUCCUGAUGCUAGCCAAUCGUUGGUCUGCAACAUUUGUCAUCGGAGUAUCAGUAACAUGAAGAACAUGAACAGACAUAUGUCUUUGCACAAAGGUUUAAAACCAUUCGAAUGUGCUGAUUGCGGUAAAUCGUUCACAAGGAAGCAACAAAUGAAGUUACAUAUAUUUUCAAUACAUAUGCCUUAUCAAAGCAGACCGUUUAAAUGCGAUAUUUGCAGCAAACUUUAUUCAUCUCGGAGCGAUCUGAAGUUUCACAAAUGCUCAACCUCUGUAAAGAAACCAAAGAAAGUUUCAGAUACAUUAGAUCGUCGCCAAUCUCUCGUUUGCAGCAUUUGCAGUAAACAUUUCAGUCGUCAACAAAAUCUCAAAAGACAUAUGUUAAUUCACGAAGGUGUGAAACCAUUUAAAUGUGCUGAAUGCGAUAAAUCAUUCAGAAGCAAUUAUGAUAUGAAUCAACAUAUCAAUCUAUGUCACGCUCCCUAUCACACGCGACCCUAUAAGUGCGACAUUUGUGGCAAACGUUAUACAGCUCAGUGUGAUCUAAAUACUCACAGACGCCUUGCUGGACAUUAUUGCUCUUCAAAAUUAUCCGAAUUUACGUCUGCAGAUGUAGAUGAUGGUGUAAGUGUUGAGGAUCGUGACUCGACUACUGUUUUGGGUGCCAAGAAAGUUAGAAAAUUGGUGUCAUCGAAACGAAAAAAAAACACGAGCAAGCCACAGACUACAAAUGAUUCGAGUCAGUUUUUCGCUUGUAACGUUUGCGAUCGGAAUUUUAGCAAGCAGGCUAAUCUGGAAAGGCAUUUGAUUUCCCAUGAAGCUUCGAAACCAUUUGAUUGCGCCGAAUGCGAUAAAUCGUUUGCAAAAAAAUGUUUUUUGAAGCGACAUGUAAUUCUGGCCCACAUCAAUGAUCAGAGGUCUCUUGAUUCUAAUUAUUACUGCGCGCAUUGCAAGUAUCGAUGCCGAAUCAAAGAAAGCUUAGUUUAUCAUAUCAAGAAUAACCAUGUAUCAAAUUUAAGUCUGGAUGAAGUUAGCUGCUCCAUGUGCGGUAAAACAUUUUCUGAUAGUUGUAGUAGAAAGCGUCACGAGCAAACAGUUCAUGUCGAAGAAAUCUGUUUCUGCUGUAUGAAUUGCGGUAAUCGAUACAAGCACGAUUGUAGUCUUGUAAAGCACUUGGAACUUGAACAGUGUAGGCUCAAGUAGUGCAACAUGAAUAAUCUCUUCUCCUUGGUGACUGUAAGAUUGCCCUCUAUAUUUAUUUUAAUACGGAAAAUUUACAGCCGUUUUACAAUGUUUUUGAUGCUUCUCAAUUUAUCGAUGUACCUCGUAACUAUGUUCAUUUCUAGCUGUUAGCAAAUUAGCAAUUUCAAUGAUUGUUUCAGAGUUAGAUGUUCCUUAUUUCAUUUUGAGUUGUUUAUGGCAUUGGUGAUUUAAUUAAAUUUGUAUUUUAUUUUA